CAUAUACUAUGACAGUGGAGUGAAGACAGCACUAGUAACCAGUGCAGCAUACAUUAAAAUGUGCAAAGCCAUUUUUACAAAUGAAAAUGUAGAAAAGAAACUGCUAACUAUUUUGAAGUCAACUUGCCCAGAAGAUGUUGUUUCAUGUGCUGCAAUUAUUGUACAGUCAGUGUGCUAGCAUCUGUAAAAGGAAGUCUGCCUUUGUGCUGAAUGAUAAGUCCUAUAAUGGAAUAAUGCAGUUUUCUUGGGAUACCUUACACCAGCAGUUGUUACUUGGUGCUCCAAAUACUCUCCGGAUUGUGUCAUCCAUGGCUUCAAAUGACAUUCCGAUGUCUGUUCCGAGUAAAGAAUUUCACCAUGUCUUAUUUGCUUUUGGCAUUGCAUUACAUGCAAGAAAUAGAGAAAUGACAACUCUUCAGUAUUUGAAUGGAAUGGUGUUACUUCAUGGCGGAUGUACACAGAGGAUUGUCUGUCACUCGUGUCAACAAAUUUAUUCAUGUCAACCGAACUUCCCAACGGUAGGAGAAAAUUGGGACAAAAAUAUACCGUCAUACAGGUAUCCCAGCAAAAACACGUCUUUGCAUUGUUUUAAUACUAGAGGAUUUAUUUUGAAAAUUGAGGAUUUUCAUAGGUUGAUGAAUUUCCCAGAGGCCAUUCAUAGAACCACAUACAACACAGAAUCAUCCAGAGACAGAGGAACAAUUUAUUAUUACAGAAACUUCUUGAAUGCAAGGAAUGUUAAAGGAGAGGUGAAAAAUUCAUAUAGAGCUUAUAAACAUCUUUAUUAUACAGUGUUUGAUGCUAUGUGCUGUGUUUUAUUUUUGAAUAAUUUUGGACUCGAUAGUGCUGAAUCUGAGAUACCUUUGCCUAAGGAUUUUGAUGGGUGGACUAACGAGUGUAAAAUAGACUGGAUUAAUUCUGUAUGCAGAAAUCUAGUGAACAAAGCCAUGUUUGAAGAUGAUAUGUUUAUGGAGUUGAGAGAAAUCCUAACAAAUCCAGACCAUGAGGAAAAUUACUGGAUUAGCUCGCUUGAAAAUGAUAGAUUCAAAUGUCAUUUCUGUAACAGCUCGUACUCAUAUGUAGAUUCUUUAAAAGCUCAUGAAAAAAAUGAACAUGGAUUUCAACCGUUUAAGCAAAAUUCUGACAAAACAUUGAAAAAAGAAGCAUCUGAUGAAUUACAUGACUAUGUGGUUUCUCUGUUCAGACUGACUGCUUUGCAUAAAAAUCUAGAUUCAGCAGUUGAUAUGGGAGAUGGUUAUAGGGUUGUUAGAAGUGCAAAAUAUGAAACCCCCAUUUAUAAUAAAACCCAUAAAAUAAAAUAUUUAAUGGUAGUGUUCAUUUAA